AUGGAAGGAGUUAAGGAAGCUGAGGAAAAGGUUCAUGAAAAGACAAUUGAAGAACAAUCUCCACCUUCACUCGUCAAACGAAAACGUGCUAAAGACGACGUCACUGAAAUCGGAACAAGCCCUAAAACACGAAGUCGUUCAUCUCCUCUGGCAAGCACCACGUCGACUACCAGCCAAACUUCGACUGCUGUCAAAAGCUCAAAUAGGGGAAGGUCUAGUGGUGCGAGAUCAGGUGGAUCACGAAAAAAGAAAGCCGAUUCUGGUGGAGCUAGUAAAUCGACUUCUGGUGAACCUUGGUCGAACGAAGAGGACAAGAUCCUGGUGGAUAGUAUUAUGGGCCUCAUGCCAACGAUUCCGUGGGCUGUUAUCGCGGAAAAAUUGCCUAAUAGAAAUGUUAAGAGUUUGCAGAACAGAUGGGGAUUAUUGAAGAAGAGGUUGAAUGGAUGA